UUCCCAUGUUUUAAAUGUAGAACUGUAUAUCACAUAUUUUAUUAGUUGUUUAAUAAGGGGCAAUACCCAUCUAGCAAAUAGUUUUUAAAAAAUAAAAGUUUUGAUUAGUAAAUUUUAACUUCUGCAUUUGAGGGACUCUAAACAUGAAUAUGACUCCAGAAAUAUUUUCAUUUUUUACAGUUAAAAAUAUGUCUUACCUUUUAUGAAAAUUAUACACACACAUAAAAUAAUAAAAUGUUCUCUUUCUAGUCCACAUAAAAGACUUUUAUUUAGUUUUUACUAUGUGCCAGGUGCUAGGCCUGGGUUCAUGGCCUAAUUUCUGAAAUUUCUUUAUUUUGAAGGGUUUUUAACAACUUAACUCUAAAAACAUCUAGUCCUAGUGCUCAGCUGAGGACAAAUUUUUGGCAAACCAUCGGUCUUCCUGAGCUAUUUACCAUUUCUUGCAUGUUUUAUAAAUCCACAUCUUUCUGCAAAGUCAUCAGUUCUACUAAAGUUUUCUAACUUACUGGUAUAAAGUUAUACAUAUUAUUUUCUCAGAAUAAAAAAAAAAUCUCCUCCAUACCUUUUUUAUUAACAUUCUGUAUAUAUACAUAUAUAUAUAUAUAUUUUUUUUUUUUUUUUUUUUUUUUUUUUGCGGUACGCGGGCUUCUCACUGUUGUGGCCUCUCCCGUUGUGGAGCACAGGCUCUGGACGUGCAGGCUCAGCGGCCGUAUCUCACGGGCCCAGCCGCUCCGCGGCAUGUGGGAUCUUCCCAGACCGGGGCACGAACCCGUGUCCCCUGCAUCGGCAGGCGGACUCUCAACAACUGCGCCACCAGGGAAGCCCAUUGGGGUGUCAUUUUGAGAACAUGAGAUGACAUGAUUUUUAACCCUAUUGGGAGCUCUUAACUUUAUAAUCACAUUUAUUAUACUUAUUGAUAUGCUUGUUCUUGUUUCUGCCAUCUUUUAUUUUUCUUCCCCUUUUUUAGAAUCCUUUCCUGACUUUUGCUAUAUUAAGGUCUUUGCUCCCUUUUUUUUAAACUCAUAGUUUGGAAGUCCUAUAUCCUGGUAUUGAGAAACAGAAUAUUACCUGUAAUAACCCUUCCACUCCCAUCCCUCCCACAAGGCCUUUAGAUCAUUUUUCUCUUCGGCCCUCUGGAAAAUUUUAAAGGAAUUUACAGUUUUAUGGUUUCCACUUUGAACCACCUUAGGUAAAGCCUGGAUUAAAUGUUUUCUGCUUGGCAAUAGCCUUAUUUUAGUGGUACCAAGAUACUACUUUACCACAAAUUUACAUUUGUGGUAAAUUUCACAGCUGUAAGAUAUCACAUAUGAAUCAUGCAUUGAAUAAGAUGUUAAAUGUAUAAAGCAAAAGUUUUUUUUAUAGGUGCUUUUGCUGUUGUUAAAGAAAAAAAAAAAGUAUGUUAGGAACUUGUAGCUUCAGAAAAGAGAAAUGGUUCUUACACUUUCAGAACCACAAACUUCUAACUUUGGCUUUUACUAGUAGUCAUGCUGCAGAACAAUAAACAAAAGACUCUUUAGACAUUGAGUUGCACUGUGAGUUUUAUUUGAAAACAGCCUGAUGACUCAUAAUGAAUUAUAAAACUUUGAUAGUUAAACUGUACUAUCAUUUAUGAGGCUUUUAUUCUUCAUUAUUUUGUAGACCUGAAAGAAACUUUGCAUACUUGUGUUUUCUGUUCUCCAUUUCAGAGGAAGAUUGUGAAGAGAAGGUCUAAAAUAUUUAUAAAUCAAAACCCAACAUAAAAGUGAAAUAUAGAGAGAACAAAAUCUGUACACAGCUGAGCAUAGGUGUUUUUAGCUCAUGUUUUGGAUAUGAAAACAAUUUAGCUCAUGUCACACGAAACAAAAGCAGGUGCAGUAGUAAAGCUCAAUCAUGAAAACCCCAAUCAAUUAUUUUUAGCAUGCCUCUUAAUUUUUCUUUCCCCUGGUUUCUUGUCUUCUGUGCCUGAGUCUUGAACAGGUAACCACUUGAGGGGGUGCCGGCGAUAAAUGGGCCACGGAGGAAGUGUCAGCUGGGUCAGAACAGAGAAAAUGCAUCAUUUAUGGCCAUUAAAAGUUUAAAAGAGCAUUAUGGAUAAUGCCUGGUUCCCAAAUGACUCCUAUGCUAAAGGGUUAAUAACUAAUAUUUAUAUAAGACAGAAGAAAAAGAUGUCAUUCCGUAAAGUAAACAUUAUCAUCCUGGUCCUGGCUGUUGCUCUCUUCUUACUGGUUUUGCACCAUAACUUCCUCGGCCUGAGCAGUUUGCUGAGGAACGAGGUUUCAGAUUCAGGAAUUGUGGGGCUUCAGCCUGUAGACUUUGUCCCAAAUGCUCCCCAACAUGCGGUAGAUGGGAGACAAGAGGAGAUUCCUGUGGUCAUUGCUGCAUCUGAAGAUAGGCUUGGGGGGGCCAUUGCAGCCAUAAACAGUAUUCAGCACAACACUCGCUCCAAUGUGAUUUUCUACAUUGUUACACUCAACGGUACAGGAGACCAUCUCCGGUCCUGGCUCAGCAGCAGUACCCUGAAAAGCAUUAGGUACAAAAUUGUGAAUUUUGACACUAAACUUUUGGAAGGGAAAGUAAAGGAGGAUCCUGACCAGGGGGAUUCCAUGAAACCAUUAACCUUUGCAAGGUUCUACUUGCCAAUUCUGGUCCCCAGCGCAAAGAAGGCCAUAUAUAUGGACGAUGAUGUAAUUGUGCAAGGUGAUAUUCUUGCCCUGUACAAUACACCACUGAAGCCAGGACAUGCAGCUGCAUUUUCAGAAGAUUGUGAUUCAUCCUCUACUAAAGUUGUCAUCCGUGGAGCAGGGAACCAGUACAAUUACAUUGGAUAUCUUGACUAUAAAAAGGAAAGAAUUCGUAAGCUUUCCAUGAAAGCCAGCACCUGCUCAUUUAACCCUGGAGUUUUUGUUGCAAACUUGACAGAAUGGAAAAGACAGAAUAUAACUAGCCAGCUGGAAAAAUGGAUGAAACUCAAUGUAGAAGAAGGGCUGUACAGUAGAACACUGGCUGGCAGCAUCACAACACCACCUCUGCUGAUCGUAUUUUAUCAACAGCACUCCACCAUCGACCCUAUGUGGAAUGUUCGCCACCUUGGUUCCAGUGCUGGAAAACGAUAUUCACCCCAGUUUGUUAAGGCUGCCAAGCUACUCCACUGGAAUGGGCACUUUAAGCCAUGGGGAAGAACUGCUUCAUAUACUGAUGUCUGGGAAAAAUGGUAUAUUCCGGACCCAACAGGCAAAUUCAGCCUAAUCCGAAGACAUGUGGAGAUCUCAAAUAUAAAGUAAAUAAAUAUGCUAUAAGCAUUUCUCAGGAAAUCCUGGAAGACAGUAUGUGUGGGAAGUAACACUUGCUAGGCUUCAAUGCCUGUUUGCAGCAACAAAGGGACAAGGGACAUUUCAGCUGGGUAAAGAGGACAAACUGCCCCAUCUGGCAGUCAGCUUCCCAGACAGACUAUAAAUAUGCCUCCAUCUGCCUUACCAAGAGUUUGCUUACUGACAGUGCUGAACGACCAGAGGUGAAUGUACUUAGAUACGGCUGGUACAGCUAGUUCAACACUGCUGCUUGGUUUUAAUUUUGUGACCUGUGGCCGAAUCUGUAAAUAAAGUAAAAGUACAUGUUUCAAUAA